CACAAUGGACCCCUGCAUAUUCGCGGUUUAACGUUCGCGAUUUCACCGAUUGAUGAGUAUUUUCCCCAGCUACGCACUGUUCAUCUCUCCACGAAUGUAUGCUUAUAAAAACUCACUCCUAUAAUUUCUACUGGACAUUUUGGAGUCUUGCCUCACUUGUUCCUAAUGUGAAAUCAGCAGGGGACAUUAUUAAUGGGACAUUGGAGGUCAAGAGUGAGAAAGAAUAGGUAAACGGGUGUUCCCGAGGUUAAAGGAGGGAGUAAGAAGUGUGUGUGUGAGUGUGUGUGUGUGUGUAGGGGGGGGGGUAUCGGUAUGUUGGCUUGUGGAGGGUCUUCAUCACACCAGAUUGGACUUGAAAGCAGGCCUGCAAUGUCUUCUGAAGUAGUUGACAGUUGACCCGUGUCCAAGGACCACGCGUCGGUAUUUGUCACUGGCUCGACUGUGUACUGUAUGCGUCCUCCCAAGGUUAUGACCGAGCUGCUGUAUAAAGAGCAAAUCAGGCGGCUUAUAUUUAGCCUCGCAAAUGACGCUCUGUGGAUUAUGUCUUGUGGCUCUCCGGUUUCGUCUUCAGCGACUCUGCCUAACGUGACAGAGGUUGCGGUCCAAGCUAUUGCGGUCCAAGCUACUCAGUGUCAUGUUCUUCCACACCAGACAUUUUUUGGCUCCGCGCUAAGCACACAAAUCCGCGAAAAUAAUUGCAGUCCACCAUCGUCUUCCUCCGGGAGUGAAAGGCUACUCAGCCAGACUCACAAAUCAGUAGCGCCGGAGAUUGUUCCAUCGGCCAACUUUUGGGAAUCAUGGAUGUCCUCGCAUUAGAAGCAAAGAAUGUGAACGGUUCAGAGCCUGAGAAGAAGUCUUCAUCCAGACCCAGACCCAAACCCAAACCACCCAAAAAGCCCAAAAGGAUUGUUUACUUUGAAGUGGAGAUUGUAGAUGUGAAGACUAAAGAGAAACUGCUCCUGUUGGACAAGGUGGAGCCAACUUCCACCAUUUUGGAUAUUAAAGCUUUGUUUCACAAAUCAUAUCCCAAGUGGUACCCGGCGAGACAAUCUCUGCGCUUGGAUCCGAAAACAAAGUGUCUCCGGGAUGAGGAAAUCCUUCAAACACUUCCUGUGGGAACCACGGCCAGUUUCUACUUCAGUGACCUUGGACCACAACUAACAUGGGGGACUGUGUUCCUUGCAGAGUGCGUGGGUCCGCUGGUCAUCUAUUUAAUGUUCUACUUCCGCCUCCCUUUCAUCUAUGCUCCAAAAUAUGAUUUCACCGCCAGCGAGAACUGGGUCGUACAUUCUGCUUGCCUCUGUCACUCUUCGCAUUACAUCAAGAGGAUUCUGGAGACGAUGUUUGUUCACCGCAUCUCGCACGGGACCAUGCCCCUCCGGAAUAUAUUUAAGAAUUGUGGAUUUUACUGGUGUGCCGCAGCCUGGAUGGCGUAUUACAUCAACCACCCGCUCUACACGCCACCACUUUACGGGCAGCAGCAGGUGAAUCUUGGACUUUAUAUUUUCUUGUUUUGCCAAGUUGGGAAUUUUUCAAUCCACGUGGCCCUUCGUAAUCUCAAGCAGCCAGGUUCAAAAGUUAAGAAGCUUCCUUACCCGACAAAAAAUCCCUUCACAUGGAUUUUCUGGCUGGUGUCUUGUCCAAACUACACGUAUGAGGUGGGCUCGUGGUUGGGCUUCAGCGUGAUGACGCAGUGCCUGCCCGUGGCGCUCUUCACGCUGGCCUCCUUUGUGCAGAUGAGCGUGUGGGCCCGAGGCAAACACAGAGCCUACUUGAAGGAGUUCAAGGACUAUCCCACCUUACGCUCCCCCAUACUGCCGUUCAUACUUUAGAAUACCACAUGGAGGUUGGGGGCGGGGAACCCCCCCCCUAUCAGGGGCCAUUUUUUUGUACAUGUGCUCCCAGUGCCGUAUGAAAUGUCUAAAAAAAAAAUUAAAUAUAUAUAUAUAUAUAUAUAUAUAUAUAUAUAUAUAUAUAUAUAUAUAUAUAUAUAUAUAUAUAAUAUAAUAAUUCAAUGCAACAUUUUAUUGUUACAUAAAGGGCUGAACAAUUUUGAAAAAGAUUCUAAUUGCGAUUUUGUUGUUGUUGUUCCCCUCAAUAUUCAGUGUAAUAAUUUUUUUAAAGGACCUCUUGUUGUAUUUUUUAUUUUUCAUCUUGACCACACUGAACAAUGUCAAAUUUGUUUUAACUCAAUAUUUUGGUCUUGUAAGUUAGGCUCAUGCUACAAUAAAGACAGACGAGCCGUGAAUUAAUAUGAAAGGCCAUUUUUCAACCUCAAUUCGAGUUGUUAGUUGAGUAAAUACUUUGACCUGCAGUAUUUUAAGCGUUCACUACGACAACAAAAUUCAACACAAAGAGUGUCGCGUUAACCUAAGCGGGUAAGUCCUAAAUCAAAUGGAAACUAAUUUGUGGCUUUCUCACUUCCAUUUUUUAUGUAAAUAUGCGGACUGCACUGCUUAAGCCUAGAGAUGAUGUUUCUUUUUUUUUUUUUAAUUUUGAAAAUCGCAUUCUACUACAUUACGAUGUUGAUUUGAAUAUGAUUAGUUGUUCAGCCCUAUUAGACAUUACAAGCACACGUUUGACUGCUUUAAAGUCUUAAUUUCGAAUUUUUAUUGUUGUUUGCUUGGUUUUGAAAGAUUUGACUGCUGCUUUUGUUCAGAAAACAAAAAACAAACCCAAAAAAAGUGUACCGGGACAGUUAAUUGCUUGCAUACAAAUAAUCGCCUGCCCACCCAUCAGGAGUGAAAUUAAACAACCAAGUUAAACAACCGUAAUUGCUGCUGAUCGCUCAAUGUAGCAAUUAUGAGCGUUUAUAUAAGGUGCUAGUGUACAUAUUUCUUAUCCGAUGCGUGGGCUGGUAUGUGAGGUAAUACUUUUGAAGAGCAUCAUAAAGGUGUUUUUAUUAUUAUUAUCAUUAGUAAUUUAACUGCUGAAUAAACUCAGUUCAUGGAACAUGGGUUCCUGAUUGUGUUCAUGCUAGAAGCAUGGUGUUGAUGCUUUGUCGACUGUACGUUGUGUACAUGGCAUUUUUUUUCUUUCCACCAAAAAAAUUAAACGAAUAAGUCAAACAGG